UUAAAAUCAUGUACUCUCUGGAACAUCUAUCUGCUGUAAUGACCACACAUUCCAUAGUUAUAUAACAAUCACAGUAUCAAAGUAGAGAGAGCACAAUAGCAGUGAGAGUGUGAAAUGGAUCAGUUUGUGUGGAGGGUGUUGCCUUUGUUAACAAUCCUUGUUUCCUUUUUGGUAUUCUUCUACUUCCAGAAUUCAGACACGGCGCAGUUAUAUCCUAUCAUAAAGUUGCCACGGAGUAAAUGCAGCCUUCUUCCCCAUCACCACUUCUGGAUAUCCAGCAAACGCAUCGUGACCCCACAGGGGAUCAUUUCUGGUUCAGUGGAGAUAAAUGAAGGGAGAAUAGUAUCUGUCGUUGAGGGAUAUGGUAAGCAGGGCCAGUCUAAGCAAGAAGAAAUAAUAGAUUAUGGAGAUGCUGUUGUCAUGCCUGGCUUGAUUGAUGUGCACGUACAUCUUGAUGAACCGGGAAGAACCGAGUGGGAAGGAUUUGAUACUGGUACCAGAGCUGCUGCUGCUGGUGGAGUAACCACAGUGGUUGACAUGCCUCUAAACAAUUACCCUACAACCGUGUCUAAGGAGACGCUGAAGCUUAAGCUUGACGCUGCAGAGGAUAAAAUCUAUGUUGAUGUUGGAUUUUGGGGAGGCCUGGUCCCUGAAAAUGCCCUUAAUCUAACUAUUCUUGACGAUCUCUUGAGUGCUGGUGUUCUUGGUGUGAAGUCUUUUAUGUGUCCUUCAGGAAUUAAUGACUUUCCUAUGACAACUAUUGACCAUAUCAAGGCGGGAUUAUCAGUGUUGGCAAAAUAUAAAAGACCUAUAGUUGUGCAUUCUGAGCUUGUACAAGAUUAUGGCAAUGAUUUGGAGCAUGAUGACAACCGUGAUCCACAUGAUUAUUUGACAUAUCUCAACACCAGACCACCUUCAUGGGAGGAGGCAGCCAUUAGACAACUUGUAGGUGUUUCGAAGGACACUGGAAUUGGUGGUUCUUUAGAAGGAGCACAUAUUCAUAUUGUCCACUUGUCUGAUUCAAGUGCUUCCUUAGAUCUGAUUAAGGAAGCAAAAAGUCGAGGUGAUAGCAUAAGCGUCGAGACUUGUCCUCACUACCUGGCUUUCACCUCUGAAGAGAUACCAAAUGGAGAUACUCGUUUUAAGUGUUCCCCACCCAUUCGUGAUGCACAAAACAAAGACAAAUUAUGGGAGGCUGUAUUGGAGGGACACAUUGACCUGUUAACAACUGAUCAUUCACCAACUGUGCCUGAACUCAAGCUUCUUGAGGAGGGUGACUUCUUGAAGGCUUGGGGGGGCAUAUCAUCUUUGCAGUUUAAUCUUCCGGUGACGUGGUCGUACGGGAAGAAAUAUGGACUAACUAUAGAACAGUUGUCGUUAUUGUGGAGCAAGAGACCUGCAGCACUUGCUGGGAUAGAAUCAAAGGGGACUAUUGAAGUUGGAAACCAUGCAGAUAUUGUAGUUUGGCAACCAGAGCAGGAGUUCGACCUGGAUGACAAUUACCCUGUUUUCAUUAAACAUUACGAACUCUCUGCUUACAUGGGAAGUAGGUUAUCAGGAAAAGUUAUGGACACUUAUGUGAGAGGAAAUCUUGUGUUUAAGGAUGGGAAGCAUGCUCCUGCAGCCUGUGGUGUUCAAAUUCUAGCCACAUGAAUCAGUUAAAUAUUGACAGGUACCUUUCAGAUGCAAGUUUCACUGGGGACAUAAAUAAGAGAUGGAAGUAGCUGCUGGCAUCGGCCAUUGAGCAAGCAUUUUCCUUCUCAUAGACUAGUGCGUUUGCUUGUAUUAUAUCCGUUUGGAUGUUUUGGAUAAUAAAAUAAUAUUGCACUUUUCUAUAACGUA